AUGAGCAAAGAGGAUAUAGUCAUCUGGGUGCAGAAGAAGACUGGUGCACCGAUCGUUACAGUUAAUACAGUUGACGAAGCUCAGAGAUUUCUGAAGAAGUAUCAUACUUUUGUUGUCGGUCUAUUCGAAAAGUUUGAGGGCUCUGAAUAUAACGAAUUCGUCAAAGCUGCAAAGUCAGACAACGAAAUCCAGUUUGUGGAAACAAGUGAUAGCGAUGUUGCGAAGCUUCUGUUUCCUGAGCUCAAAGCCAAUAAUGUGUUUAUUGGUAUGGUUAAAACUGAGGCUGAAAGGUACACUGCAUAUGAUGGACCUUACAUAAUGGAGAAGUUAUUAGAGUUUCUAGGCAAGAACAAGUUCCCGUUGAUUACAAAAUUGACUGAAGGCAAUACUGUUUGGGUUUACUCCAGUCCUGUUAAGCUUCAGGUUAUGAUCUUCUCCAAAGCUGAUGACUUUCAGAAUAUGGCUCAGCCUCUUGAAGAUUUAGCAAGAGGGUUUAAAUCAAAGCUUAUGUUUUUAUACGUUGAUAUAACAAAUGAGAACCUUGCGAUGCCAUUCUUGACCUUAUUCGGAAUAGAGAAUGCGAAUAAAACCGUUGUUGCUGCUUUCGACAACAACCUGAACUCCAAGUAUUUGCUUGACUCAGAUCCAACACCAAGCAAUAUAGAAGAUUUUUGUUCAGGGCUUGCUGAUGGAACCGUUACGCGUUACUAUAGGUCAGAGCCAGUUCCUGAUAAUGAGAACGCAAGUGUAGUGACUGUUGUAGGAAAGACUUUUGAUGAGUUGGUGUUGAACAGCCGCGAGAACGUUCUUCUUGAGGUACAUACACCUUGGUGUGUAAACUGCGAGGCGCUAAGCAAACAAGUGAAGAAGUUGGCUAAGCAUUUCAAAGGCUUUGAGAAUCUUGUUUUUGCAAGAAUCGAUGCUUCUGCAAAUGAGCAUACUAAACUACAGGUUGAUGAUUAUCCAACGAUCUUGCUUUACAAAGCUGGUGAAAAGGAGAAUCCGUUAAAGCUAUCGACUAAAUUGAGCGCCAAGGACAUGGCUGUUUUCAUCAACCAAGAGUUGAAACCAAAGGAAGGGUCGUCUGCUAAAGAUGAAUUGUAA